AUGGAAUCAGAUCACAUCGUCGAAAAGGGGCAAGUCGCACCCGAAUCAUUAAAUGUCGAUGCUGGAAGCCCAGUUGAGCACCAUACCCCAAAACAACUCGGGCUAGUCUUCGUUGGUCUUGCUUUAGCUAUAUUCGUCGCUUCUAUCAACGGGACGAUAGUUGCAACGGCCUUACCGGUGAUUGCCAAUGACUUGAACGGGUUGUCUUCUCUCGCUUGGAUUGGUACAAGUUACCUCUUGACAAGUACAGCAUUCCAGCCACUCAGUGGUGUACUCUCUGAUAUCUUUGGCCGUCUGUAUACCUUCCUCGGAUUCAUCGCAUUCUUCGUCCUGGGUUCCGUGCUAUGUGGAGCAGCAAACGGGAUUGGAAUGAUGAUUGGAGCAAGGCUCAUUCAAGGCGUGGGUGGAGGAGGCCUUAUCUCACUGUGUAUGAUCAUCAUCGCUGAUAUUGUGUCGAUUCGAGACCAAGGCAAAUAUCAAGGCAUCAUAGGUGCCACGUCAGCUCUCGCUAUGGUUAUCGGACCGCUCGCUGGCGGUGGUAUCGUUGAUCACACGUCAUGGCGCUUGAUAUUCUAUGUCUUUCUCCCAGUGAUGGGGUUUUCCUGUGUCGUGCUAAUAAUGUACCUGAGAAUCCCUAUACCUCAAGGAGCUUUGAGCUCUAAAGUCAAGAAAAUCGACUUUCUCGGUGCCCUUGUCUUGUGCGCCAGUACUUCCAUGAUCCUUCUCGCCCUCUCAUGGGGCGGUUCGCAAUACAGUUGGAGCAGUCCCACUGUUCUGUGUUUGCUCAUAUUCGGAUUUCUGCUGUUGGGUGGAUUUGUGUUGGUGGAGGCCAAAUUUGCUACGCUGCCGAUCUUGCCUGUAUACCUGUUUCGAAUUCGAAACUUUUGGACUAGUAAUGCCAUCGCGUUCGUCGCUGGCUUCUUCAUGUAUGGUGCUAUCUAUUUUGUACCACUCUACUACCGUAACGUACAUGGUUAUGAUGCCACAGCAGGAGGAUUGUCACUCUUGCCAUUGAUGCUCUCGUUGGUGUUUGCUAGUAUGAUUGGUGGAGGUUUGACCUCUCGCUUCGGUGUGGUUCGACCAUUCAUUUGGAUUGGAACGGUCCUACUUGCCGUUGGCAGUGGUCUUUUAUCUACCUUAAAUGAAAGCUCGCCACGAGGUGUUGAGAUUAUUGUGUUAGUGGUUGCGGGUCUUGGGCUUGGACUCAUCAUCCAGUCAGCUCAAAUUGCAGUACAGGCGUCAGUCGAAACCAAAGACAUGGCUACUGGUACUGCAGCAGUCAGUUUCUUCAGGAACUUUGGUGGCGUUCUCGGUGUCGGAAUUUCAGCAACAAUCCUACAAGAUCGUUGGUCCAACUUCCUGAUCCAACAAUUCAACACGAACGGCAUCCCAUUAUCUGCAUUAGCUAGUUUGGACUUAUCGGACGUUAGCACCAUAUCCCCAGACCUUCGAGUGCUUGUUAUCCGUGCCUUCAUCAUGGCGAUGAACUAUAUUUGGUACAUCAGCUGUGCAGCUAGCUGCAUUGGUGUGUUCUUUGCUCUGUUUAUCAAGUAUGUAGAGCUCUCGAAGGCUGUACCUGCCGAGAUUGUGCCUUCUACUGGAAGUCAAGUGGAAGUUGUAUCAGAAGCAUCAUCGGCAAAAACAUGA